AUGCUGGAUGAACCAUCAAGUCCUAAAAGAAAGCACUUCUUCCUGGCUUCGCAUUACUAUGACGAGAGCGGCAGUGGCGAGAGUCUGUUGACUAUUUCUCACGAUCGCUGCAAUUUCUUGGUAUUGAAGCCAAUGGAGCAGGACGACGUGAGCUUCCUGGACAAGAGCGAGAGCUCCGACUCGUCGUCCCUGGGCAGCCAGCCGACGGCUACGGACAGGGCUCCCCGGCCGCCCAGCGAGCUCUCGGACAUCGUGGACUACGCGCUCCUCAACGACACCUACUCCAUCCACGUGGCGGACGCCGACGCGAAGCUGAAGGACCACUUCACGUACCUGAGUUCGGAGGCGGAUCUCGAGCUGCAGGAGGGGGGGCCCUUCUUCGAGAUCUUGAAAACCUCGAGCGAAGAUUCUCUCGGUUUGGAAGAGAUCUGCAAAAACCUCGAUGGCGACUACGAGGAGAUGCUCGGUGGGGAGAUGGCCCCGCACGCGCUCGACGAGGACUCCCAGCAGGAGUACCACAGCGCCGAGGAGCACGACUACCCUGGCUUCCAUUUGGAUUUCGACCCCAUAAAGACCCUGUGUGACCCGAAUUCAGAAGUCAUCGAGCUGGGAAAUUCGGAUUUUGAAAUUAAGUGCGUCAGCGGUUUGGGGGAGAACCACGUGAAGAAACUGGAAGGUGGCCCGUUCUUCUGCGAGCCUGGCCACCUUCGGACCCAAGGCCGGCUGCCCGAAGUCUCCAAGUUUCACGAUUACCUGUCUCUGCCGGAGAGUCACGGGCAGAAGCCCCGCCGGGGCCACGAGCCCGAGGCCGGCUUCAGGAACCCCUGUUUGUUCGACGGCCUCUCGCAGACGGGCAGCUCGGCCGAGGACGAGGACGUCACGCGCGGCCAGCCUGCCCUGCCGGGCAGUGGCUCUGAGAAGGCCAUUUGUCCCGACCCGAGGAAGUGCCAGACGACUGAAAAUGAAGAUAUCUGUGAGGAAGAGGAGGGCGGCAGCGUGCUGAAGAGCGGCGAAAAGCCUUUCCUAGAGAGAAUCUCGGCCGCGUCCCGGCAGCCCAGCGCAUGUCUUCAGAACUCCACCACGUGUAUCUUUGACGAGUCCAGCGUUUCUGCCUACGACCGAUCGUGUUAUAAAUUCAUCCACAGCACUGCCGAGCCCGCCUUGGACUUCCUCAGGACCAUACCCAAGGCUCUGGCCAAAGACAGCCACUCGGGGGAAGAGGACGGCCCCGCCAAGGCGGCCGGCGCUGACCUCAUGAACAAAACCCACCUGAUCAGCGUGGAGUCCAAGUACGCCAAGCGCUCCCUGGACGCGGCCUGCGACUGCCUCGUCACGGUGAACCAGACCAUCGACGCCAGCUCAGACUUCAGGGCCUGCUUCACCACGAGCCGGGCCACGAGUGCCAGGUCUCUGGUGGCCUCCAGGUCCAGCAACACCGAGAUCACCAUGAUGAACAAGGCGAGGCCCCACGAGUGGCUGAACGAGAAGCAGAGGAGCGUCGCCUGCAACACGGACUGGUCCUGCCUGGCCUCCUGGGCCGAGGAAGACUUCCGCUUACACGGGGCUCUGCCCAAAGGCCUCGAGAAGGCGAUGCCCGCUGAGAGCUCGAAGGCCAACGACAGCGUGUCAGCGAAGGAUUAUCUGGAAUUGAAAAAUAAAUUUGAUGUCAAAGACUUGAAGAAAAACCCCGAGAGUCACUUUCAGCCUUGUAAAGAAGUGGAGAAGAAUGUUCUAUCCAAAUGCUGUCAGAAAACCUUGCAGAGAGCUAUAAGAGCAGAAUUGCUGCUUUUAAAAGCCCAUUAUCAGAUGUGUCACCAGCAUUGUUGGAAACUUUACCGACUUGUCAUGGAAGAAAAGGAAAGCUUUACUAGGAAUUUUGCAAGUGACUUUGCUAAAACUGAAUUAGGAUCUACGUUACUGUCCCUUUUUGGAGAUCUUAAGUUUAAGUAUCUGAGUAUGAGAGAAAAAAUAAUAAAGGGAGUGCCCCUGGACGAAUUGCCUCCCCUGGCCGUGGAGUCCAGAUUGUUGUCUUUCUUUUCCACGUUUGUGCCUUCCAAGCUAAUGAAAGAAGACUCUCAUAUUUUUUUGGGACCCAGGUCAGACCUCAAUGUUUCUGGUGCCCCGAAUGCCGACCCCAGUGCUGUGGAGCCACCAAGGGCCCUGUCUCAGAAUGCUCGUGUGUCAGAACAUCGAACCCGUCCCAAGCGAGAAGUUGCCCUUCCUGGGGACAGCAGGAAGACCCGGGACCUGAAUGUCGGCAUCCGCAACCUGAGACUGGAUGACGAAGAUUACAGGAAAUGCCAGGACCCGAGUGAGGCCUGGUACGAUGCUAAAGAAAACCUGACAGGCCCAGAACACCCAGAAAUGCCAGGAGAUGAAGCAGAGCCCACCAAGAGGAGCUCCAAGCCUUCCUCGGAGAAGGUAGCAGCUGAGCCUUCCCGGAAGGAGCAGGACAGAAGCUACCUCAUCCAUGUGGGCAGCCUGUGCCCGUCGGUGUCGGAGACUGACCUCAUGUCCCAUUUCCAGAAGUACCAGGUGUCUGAAGUGUCCAUCUGCACAUCCCAUAAUUACAGGUACGCAUCGCUUGUCUUCAAGAAAGCCAACAGAGCCCGGCUGGCCGUGGAGGAGAUGAACGGGAAGGAGAUCAACGGGAAAUCAGUCAACGUCCGGCUGGUCAAGACCCCGGCUGAGAACGUGCCCUCCCUGUCCUGGAGGGGCGAGAGCCGGCCCGCCCUUAGGGGUCCAGAGCAGGCCACGGACAGCAAAGGCUGCGGCUCGACCUCGGUGCCGCCUUCCAAGUUCCCCGCUCACGUGCCGAGGCUGCCCGGGCCUGAGCCAGACAACGUCUACCUCUCGGUGGACCACAGGGCUGGCAGGAAAGGCUUGAAACAGAAUAAACCCGUCAAGUGGGUGCCUGAGAACCCCCUUCCGUACGUCCCCCCGAACACCCUGAACUUGGGCAGCUUCACCAAACUGCUGCGGAAGCUCGAGGGGCUGCACCCCAACGUCAGCAGAGACGCCAUCAUCGACGCCCUCCAGGAGGUGAGGACCAACAACAAAGGCUUUCUGAGCGGCUUGUCGCUGACCGCCAUCGUGGACAUGACCACGUCCGUCCUGAGGACGGCGGCCUUCCAGAAGGAGGACAGGAAACGGCAGCAGGAAGCCCCCCAAGCUGGCAUCCAUUAG